GCUCCCCAUCCACAGCUCCCUCACUUUGUGCUGCGGACCAGAAACAUCCCAGUGUGUGUGUGUGUGAGCAACUUCAACAUUUAACGACACACACUCCUGCUGAGCUCGCACACACUCUUCAACGAGACUGAGGGAGAAGGAUUCUGUGCUAACAUGGCCUCUCAGAAAACUUUACUUUAUCUGGGACUGUUUCUGUUUGCUGAAAUCAUCACUGCUGCAGAUCCAAACUCCAAAGCGGAGAACGUUCGUUGGACAUCCCUGGACUUUAAAACCAUGCUGACCUGGACCAGCAAAACACCUCAGCAGACGUACACUGUAAAAUUCUCUCGGCCUGAAGGUGACUGGUAUGAGGCUCGUAACUGCCUUGGGACAGCGUCAGAGUGUGAUUUGUCUGCGGAGCUCAAACCUUUUAACGAGUUUUACACUGCUGACAUCCUCACAGACAAUGAAGACCAUGACAGCGACUACGGUCACGAUGAGUUCCAGCACACUGAGUCCACACCCUUUAACCCUUAUAGAGACAGUAACAUCAGCGCUGUGGAGUUCAGCGUGCGUGCCCUCAGUUCGAGCACAGUACGGCUCAACAUCAUCGACACUCUGACCAGCGUGCACGAGGGCUCCAAGCAGCUCACCAUCAGAGACAUCUUUACAAAAGACCUCAAGUAUAAGAUCAUCUACACCAAGUCUGGGAAUACAGGCAAGAGAGAGAACAUAUCUGACAGCAGUAGGGCGGAGGUGACCAAGCUGGACGCAGCUACCAGUUACUGCUUCAUGGUCGCAGCUUACAUCCCCUCCAGACCAACGAGCACCCAGCUGGGAGCGUGGAGCAGGCAGCUGUGUGAGAAAACACACGAAGAAAGCAGCAGCAUGCAUGAGCUGAGUAUGGGAGCAUUGGUCGCUGUGAUCUUCGUCCUGCUCACAGUCUUCAUCAUCAUCGUCACGGUAACCGCCCUCUGCUGCAAAAAACGCCAACAGACAGAGAAAAGCCUCCAGACAACUCAGUCUCAGACGUCAGCUCCUGUUUAGUGUGUCUUUAGUGUGUGUGUGUGUGUGUGUGUGUGUGUGUGUGUGUGUGUGUGUGUGUGUGUGUGUGUGUGUGUGUGUGUGUGUGUGUGUGUGUGUCUGUGUGUCUCAUUCCUCUUUCAGACAAUUCAGUGUUGUUUGUUUACAGUUUAUUGUGUUAAAUGUUUUUUUUACUUGUUGACCUUGUUGGGAAAACGUUCUGCCCGCUCUGAAGGGUCGCCUCCUCCUCUCUCAGGAGCUUCUCUCUGAAUUUUACCGUUUUCUGUCAAGGAGCUCACAGCGCUGCAAGUUGAAAGAAGUUUAACUUUUUGAAAUGCCCGCCAAUGUCACACCUCCUUCACUGACCAAUCAAAAUCAAGAAGGGGCGGGACUUCUGAUAUCAGCUUUGUCAAUAACAGUGGCCAAGGAGACGCUAGUCUGACCUGUUUCCAGGUGUAGAGCUGCUGCUAAUGUCAGGACAUGGUGAUAUUUCCUUGAAUUAAACAAACAUUAAGCACACAUCCAAAACACACCUAACUGUCAAUACCAAGGGAAGCAGAACUUAACUUUCGUAACAAUAAGGAUGUUGUGGGCACUGCUGACGCAGAAAGCGUUGUCUGUGAACACACGGCCUCCGUGUAUGUGUAGCUCUCGAGCUAGCGAGUCAUUAUCUUGGACUGACGUCAUUGCUAACAGGGGUUGUUGGUUUGUGGGUUGAGGGCGUCUUUGGAAAUGAUAAAGUAGCCUCAUGAUGAGUCAGCUGGACUGACGGAGAGCUGCUGUUUGAGUGACAGGCGUGAUCAACGACGAUCUUCGUUCAUUUUCAGUCUGAGCAGCAUGUAUUACAUAUGUGAGAAUGUCUCAGGAGGUCCUAGUUUCAAAAUGCAUUAAACACCUAAAGUUUAACACAGAAAUGUUUUUUGUCUGAUGUGAUCUGAGUUGUCACGAUAAGAUACAAAAAAACAUAUACAAUUUCAAUAUACCUGAAUUGGAACCAAAAGCUUGAAAAACACUAAUUGUAUAGACAUGCGGUAUUGGGGGCAUAUCAAAUACUGUAAAUAGCAGAAAAAUGUUUCUGAAAACGUUGCCGAUGUUUUCAUGGGCUUGAGUGUGCUCUCUUUCUAUCACUCACGGCAGCUUUCUGUAAAAAAAAAUAUGACUGAAGAUCAAAAAAUUUCAGGUAUGAAACAUCUGAACAACCUGAUGAAUCUGGUUUAUAGCUGCAGACAAAUACACUGUAAUGUGAAUAUUGGUUCUAUCUGUGUCCUCUGAAACAUGUUUUUAUUUGUUGUUCUCUUAUCUCACCUUUCUUUUAAAGUUCUGUCUGAACAAAACACAUUUAACCACUACAGGUGGAGUAAGAGGAACCUCUCAGUGUCAUGUGUCUGAUUAAACUACAACAUCACCAGCAUACAACUCAUCUCUUUCAAUCUGUAUUCAACUGUAGUAAUAAUAAAUAAAUUACAAACUGUG